AACUAAUAGCACAGCCAUUGGAAGCAAAGAUCUUCCUCUACAAUAAAAGACUACAGCAAUAAAAUAUAUUACAAACAACAUUAAACUUAAUUAGUCCCAUAGUAUUUAAUUUCUGCGUUUUGAAAUGCAGAUGUAUAUCUCCCGGGAGUAGAUCAGUUACUGAUAUCACCCCAUCUUUAGUUACCUGACACCAUGGGGCUCUUUAGUGGUUUGUACACUCAUGAAACAUUGAUGAUCUGCAGGUUCAGGAGCUCUGAGCUCAGCAGUUUGCCAUGAGAGGCAAAAGCAGCACCAUGGGGACUGUUAGCGAACCUUUGAAAUGUCCGGUCUGCCAAGAUUUCUUCACAGAACCUGUGACACUUCAGUGUGGACACGAUUUCUGCCUCACCUGCAUCCAAGCUGUCUGGGAAACAGAUGAGUCAACCAACGGUCCUUUCUUUUGUCCAGAGUGUCAGAUAUUCCUCCCUUCUGACCUCACUCUGGAGAUAAACGCAGGACUGCAGCAAAAAGUGAAGGACUAUACUGAAAAUCAACAAAAAGCAGGAGCUGAGGCAGAACCUUCCUCACCUAUCCAGUGUGAUCAUUGCAUAGAGAAGCCGUCUGUGGCCAUAAGGACCUGUUUGACCUGUGACGCUUCACUGUGCGAGGCCCAUGCCCAGCUGCACCAACAAAGAUCUGCUUUAAGGGAGCACACACUGGUGGAUGUUACCAAGGAUGUGCUGUCGCUGAAGUGCAGGGAGCACCGGGAUGAGCUGAAGCUCUUUUGUAUGGAGGAGAGGAUCCCUGUGUGCUGUUUAUGUGUUCUGGUUGGGGCCCACAAGGACCACAAGGCAGCACAACUUCAUGAAGCCAGUGUCGACUUAAGGAGUGUGUUAGUGAAUAAUAUGACCCAAUUACUGAAGAGGAGAGAGGAAGCAGAGCACACCAUUCAGGACUUGGAGUCGCUAUAUACACAAACUGUGAAAGCCGCUGCAGAUUUCAGAGAGAAAAUCACAGACAAGUACAGCAGAAUCCGUGUGGUUUUGGAUGCUGAUGAACGUCUGAUGAUGCAGAUUAUAGACGCAGAGGAGACGUACAUGACGGACUGGCUCGAGGCCCAGAGGGGCAUCACGGAAACUCAGAUUAAAGAGAUAGACAGAUUAAGAGGCUCUCAUAAAGCACUUCUGCAGGAAACAAAUGACCUGCAGUUCCUUCAGCAAGCAAGUUCACAGAAUCUUUGGUGAGUAUGUCGUUAUACAUUCCAUGAAAUCUGUACUUUUUGGUGCAUUUAGGGUUUAAUGUUUAUCUUUAUUCAUUUGAUCAUCUUUUGAUAUAUAUUUUUCCCCAGUGAUCCUUUGGAUUUUCCUCCCAUGCAGCCAAUAAAAAGGGAUCUUUGUGACCAUGAAAAGCUAAAAACAGUUGAGAGGCUCGUUGAUGACCUCUCACUAGCUCUUUCACAACACCUUCCACGAAUGUGGUCAUGUCAGUGUUUAAUUCAAAUUUUUCUGAACAAAUCAUCAAAUAAACAAAUGAUCUACUAUUUGAUGGAGUGUUUACUGUAGUUCUUUUUUUUUCUUUUUACUGCAGAUCUAAGUUCACCUGCUUUAGAUCCAAAAACAGCCCAUCCGAAGCUGGAAAUAUCUCCGGAUAAAAAACAAG